AUGUCAUACGUCGCGACAACCUUCGCUCGCCGGGCAGCGCUGAGACAGGCAAUCCUCAGACGGCCCGCCACCUCCACUCCAAUCCGCCGCGUCACAUCCAAGGUGCAGGAAGCCGGUCUUGACACGGCCCCGAAGAGAGACCCCGAGCUCUACGUCCUCCUAGCUGUCAUGGUCGGUGCUUUCGGUAUUGCUGGCUGGUACCUGGGCAGCUCUCCCACAACUUCCACUUCGGAGAGCAACAUUCGCAUUGGCGAAAGCACUAUGCCAUGGGAACAGAAUGAUGAGUCCAAGACUAAUUUCAAAUACCAAUAUCACCCCUACGGUGACACCUCGAAGCCCCUCAAGAACGCCCCCAGCGCUCUGAAUGAGGUUGUCAUUCCCAACGUGACCUUGCCUAAGGAUCUCCAUGAUCGAUUCAACAAGUAUGGCAAGGAACUUUGA